AUGCAUACAGUCGGAGAGAAUACAGUGCAUAUUACUGAUAUCGGAUAUGAAACAUGCAAAGCCGGAUAUUCAGGCGUCGAACUCCCCUCGAUUUAUAAGAGACGAGAAGGUCAGAAUUAUGACGACUGUUUGGCCCAAGUACUUAACGAGAUAACUACUGAACCAGCUGAUGUUUCUUUGAUAAACAUUGAUGAUCCUUUUAUUCAUACUGAGCAGAGAAGAAAGACCUUUUCUCAUCUUAUGGAGUCUUCACUCUGUUCUGGUGUUCUUUUCAUUAACGGCGCCGUAGCUGAUUGUUUUAGUUAUGGCAAGAGUGCUGGGUUGAUGAUAAGAUUGAAUGGCAGUAGUACACAAGUUAUUCCCAUGAUUGAAGGGUACUGCUUAAGUGGUGGACUUAGAAGCAGUUGUGGUGGUCAUUUUCUAACGGAAGUAACCAGAAAGUGUCUGCAACGCAAAUCCGAUGAGUUAAAAACAAACCUACUACUACCACAAGCAGCUAUUCAAGCCAAAGAACGUGUUGCUCUGGAACAACUACCCACUUAUACAGAAAAGGCCUACUAUACCGGUCUAUCUGAAAAUCAAAAAUAUGGACAGGAAAUGAACGUAGCCCGAUGUUUCAAGGAAUCUGUUUCGUUUUUAGGCCAUUGCCAGCCCAAGUACUACGAAUUCGCUACUGGGUUUACUACGCGAAUCUUUUCUGAGCGCAAUGAAAUUCCCGAGAAACUCUUCAAAUCCGAGAACUACACUCUGGAACGACUUGAUCCAACUAAGCAAAUGAGCGGCACAGUUGGAUCGAUGGGCUUACUGGAGAUGGUUAAAACAGUGAUGGAAUCGGUUGAUUUGGAGUAUUACGAUAUGUUAUUGGGCAAUGUAAUGCUUUCAGGCGGUGGAUCACUUGUACCGGGUAUAACUGAGCGACUUCAAUCCGAGCUAAUGAAGAUGUUCCCAAAUACACGUGUUAAAGUAUGCAAUGACCGCCGUGAGUUUGCGACUUUCUUUGGUGGCUCAAUUUUAGGAUCAUUAGGAGCGGCUAGUACGUUAAUGAUAACUAAGAGUGACUACUCAGAGUGCGGACUUUCGGCUCUGGACAGAAAACGGUCUGAAUGGGUCCGGUAG